AAUCAUACGUCUUUGAUUUUAGAUUCUACUUAUGGAUUGGAUUUGAUGUAGUAAAACAAAACAACAGCAGGCUUCAUUUAGUAUUAUUCCUAUUUUCAGCUUCACCUUUUACUCAUGUAUUUAUUAACUUCUUUUCUUCAAUCAAUCUUAGUUUAAUAAACAAAACCCUGUUCUUCUCUCUAGAGGUUUUAAGCUUCCUUAAGAUUUCAGUUGUUUUUCAUGGUGAUUGAUAUGAUAAUCUUUUGGGAGAUGCUUUUAUUGACUUAUUAACCUUCUUGGCACCUACGUUUCUAUGACUCUUAUGGCUGGCUAUAUUAUUGACUUUCAUUUUUAAUAUGCUUUCAUCUUCUUGGUCAAUAUAAGCAUGUGAUUCACUAUUCACUUUUCAUUAUCAACACCUUUUUUGCCUUCAAAUUUGCAGGCUAUAUUGAUUUGAUUUUGAUCCUCUUCUUCGGUUGUUGUUGUUGUUGUUGUUGUUAAUGGGUGGUUGUGUUUCGACAUCAAACAAGAAAAUCAAGAGACAUAAGUACUUUAAAAGAUCUGGAAGACGACACAGGAAGAUAAACUCUUUGGUCUCCAUUGAGCCUGUGCUGCAACAGCCCACUGAUCCUGGAGAUUCACCCAUUUCCAGAGGACCUGAGGUCUCUAACUUGUCUUUUCACAGCUCACAAUGGAAUCGGCCACCUCCAAUGGAAGGAUUAUGCCAAGAUGAAGCAUGGUUUGAUUCUUGCAGCUUCUUUGAAUCCGAUUCAGAAGAUGAAUUCAUCGGUAUACAUAGUGGUCCUAGGAUUGGAUUCAUUUCAUAUUCACCAAUUGAGAGGCCAACUCCAGGAUGCUGGAGUCCAGUAGCACCUUCUAUCUUCAAGCUCAGGGGAGCAGAUUAUUUCAGGUCUUAUAUCUCAUCAAUUAGAUUAUUUUUUUCAGUAACACCACCUAUUGAUAUAAUAAGAACCUGCAGGGAAAAAAAGAAGUAUCCUGCUCCUGAUUACAGCCCUUACACUCCAAUUGGAAUCGACAUGUUCUCGUGUUCACAAAAGAUAAAUCAUAUAGCUCAACACCUCGAACUUCAAAAUGUCAAAGCUCACAAGAAUGUGCCAUCGUUACUGAUUGUUAACAUACAGCUGCCUUCUUAUCCUGCCACAUUCCUUGGCGAUAAUGAUGGAGAGGGUAUAAGCCUUGUAUUGUAUUUCAGAAUCUCAGAUAACUUUGACAAAGAGAUUUCUCCCCAAUACCAAGAACAUAUCAAGAGUUUGGUUGAAGAUGACUCAGAAAUAGUUAAGGGAUUCGCUAGAGAAUCUUCCACCCCGUUUAGAGAAAGACUGAAAAUCAUGGUUGGUGUUGUUAAUCCAGAAGACCUUCGGCUAGGUUCUACAGAGAAGAAGCUAUUGCAUGCUUAUAACAAUAAGCCAGUGCUUUCACGUCCCCAGCAUAGUUUCUACAAUGGAUCUAACUACUUUGAGAUAGACCUGGAUAUACAUCGGUUUAGUUAUAUCUCACGUAGAGGCCUCGACGCAUUCAGGGACCGGUUAAAACAUGGGAUUCUCGACCUUGCAUUGACCAUUCAGGCACAGAAACAAGAGGAGCUACCAGAGAAGGUUUUAUGUUGUGUUCGGCUUCAUAAGAUUGAUUUUGUAAAUCAUGGCCAAAUACCUAGAAUUUUUGCAUAGUAGAAUGCCAUUUAUUUAAAAAAAAUGAGCCCAACUUUGUAUACUUUUAAAUCUUUAUUUUAUAUAGUAUUGGAAUAUGGUUUAUUCCUAAUAAAAUUAUUCCUUUGUUUGGUGGUG